CGGCGUGGCGAGAGCGAGGACCGAGGAGCGGCGUGAGGAGCGGUUCCUCUCUCAUUCAUCCACCACAACAACAAAAGCAGCGGGCGUACACCAUGCCCUGUCGAAAGGAAAACUACAUUUUCCUGGAGCAGUCCGUCACCGUCGACUCCAAAGAAGUGGACGCCUUGGUGACGAAAAUCGGCGAGGCGCUGCAGCUCCACAACAAUAGCGGCGGCCAUGCGAAGAAGACCGCCUGCCUGCACGGACUCACCGCCGGCGUGGGGAGCGUGGUCACCCCGGCGGCAUUGCUCGGAGGCCCGGCAAGCACGACCACCGCCAACACCAAUGCCAACGGGGCGUCGCUUCCCAAGCGGCAAGGCUGCUGCAUGCGGCUGCGGAACCGCGGAAGCAGCCGGGCGAGCCCUUACCACAUCCCCGGCUCGAGAGACCAGGAAUGGGACCAAAUUAAACCGUGGAACAAAAAACGGCUUCACACCGAUGAGGACGACCCGCAUCGCCUGCUACAAGAGCUCAUCCUAUCGGGUAACCUGAUUAAAGAGGCCGUGAGGCGGCUGCAAUUCUCCGGAGCGGACUGUGGUGACUUCCCUAAGACGGCGGACAACGUGCCAUGCUGACGGGGCUUUAAAGACGCUUCCCCCCUCCCGCCUGACAAGGUUCACCAAACGAAACUCAACAACAUUACCCCCUGAUUAACCCUCAUUCCCCCGGUCCCGAUUUAACCGAACCCCUGGUUCGGUUGCGUCAGCGGUUAGCUUUCCAGUUAGCCGCCCGGCUAAUGAACCGUGUUGUUUAUGUUUGAAAAUCUCCUCGACGGAGGUGCAGGGGUGACCCAAAUGACUCGGACUAAACCGGAAUUAGCUCAUUUCCCCUUCAACAUUACGGCAUACCUCUCAUUUGAAUGAAAUUUCACAUACACGGCUUUUUACGUCGGUAAUUUUGAGGGUAAAAUGGACGCCAUUUUCAAGACGACUCAUUCAGUCCCCACGUACACACGUGUAAACACGUUUUUUUGUUUUCCUCCAUUUUUUUACAUUAAUCUGUCGUCUCGAUUAUUGGCAGGAGUUAAAACUCUUAGCCUCAUUCACCUUCCAUUUCCACGAAGUUCAUCGUGAAGGAGGGUGACUGUGUAAUGUUGUGUUGUGUGUGUGGCCAUUUUGUUUACACUCGGUUAGAGGAGACAGGAAGCAAGUAUGUACCGUUCUUGACUUUUUUUCUAUCUCCCCUAACUUUCCUCGGAGCAGCUACUUUCACACUUCAAACCUCAACUAAAACACAGUCUAUCUCGUUUUUUUUUUCUAAAGCAGUUUUUCUAUAAAACUCGUUUAAAUCCCAAUUGUUCCCCACAUUCUUGCUAGGCUAUUCUGUCCACAUUCCACAAAUGUUAACUGAAGAUUGUUAAAUUGUCCAGGGGUAAUAAAUCUAGGCUGCCUGAAAUUGCUACAAAAAAGUCUGUUGUGGAUGGAAGUCUCUAGGUAUCCACUGAAAGGGGAUCCCAGUGGGCAAAAAUGCAGGAUUGUGGGGGGUUGGGUGGACAUGGGAAAGUAAAGCCAAUUCCCACAGGGCUUACUAUCACUUGGUUGUUUGUUUGCUCGUAAAAAAGUUGACGGUCACGUGACGACACUUUUGUGGUGCUUUUCACCUUUUCCGGAAUUCCCACCAAGGGUUCUGCUGGUUUUUCUUUUCGUUUUUUUAUAUUUGUGCUCCGUGUAAAGAAAAAUGCACAACUGCUUCGUAACGAAGCAUCUUGAUAAUGUUCCUGAAUAUUCAGGGCUUUUUUUGUUUUGGGGUUGUCUUAAUAAACACACUUUGUUUUUCCAAAACUUGUGUUUU